AUGGGCGUGAAAGAAAAACAUGCUACACAGAAGCGGUUAGUUUCACUACACGAGGCUUUGGGCGUUGAAAAUACUCAAAUUGAAGAAGAUAGGACCGCGGAGGGCCUGAUUGCCUCGUUAACUGGCACGCUAAUGCGAAGUGGACGUGUCUGGUUCCAUUUUACGCUGAUCGUUGCGGGGAGCCAGCAUGGCGCAGCCACAAUCGAGCCCAAUACCCUAAAUCGUAUUCAUAUCCCGAACCAAACUUCUUCCCUUGACGUAUUCUUUUUCUUUACUUCUCGGAUUGCAUUGAGAACGCCAGCCAUGACCUCCGUCUCAAAUUUCGGGGCUCUAACAACCACCUUCUCCGCUCCGACCGAUUGCUCAGUUGAGAAAUGGGUCCAGCAUAACUCGAACGCGACCAGUCUUCGCUGGGGCGUGGAGUGUACGAGUAAUACUAUUGCUUAUGCGUCGUCUUGCUAUCCUCCGGGAUGGUCAGGCGCUAAUAACAAUACCGCUCUCGCAUAUAAAGGGUUCUCGCCUGGCCUUGCAUGUCCAUAUGGAUGGAGACCAGUCACAAGUGCCAGCAGUAUUCAUCGGGACCAAGGGUGGAAUCCUCUCAAUUCCUAUAUUACGAGUAUUGCAGAUGACGAGAUCGCUACCCUCUGUUGUCCGUCUGGCUACGUUUUAAAGGAAGUCCUCUGCUACAGUCAAACUAUCAACAUUACCGAAUCCCUGCCACUCAUCACAACGUCAAAUGGUAAAUGCCAUACGCAAACUGUCGGUCCUUUUACCGGAAAAAUCGGCGGCACGAGUGCUUCUAAGGGCGCAGCGAUAUUCCAAGCAUACCCCGUAAUCCUCGUCAAUACCGAUUCCUCUACGGGUUUAUCAACAGGCGCGAAAAUAGGAAUCGGAAUAGGCAUUCCGGCUGGCGUGCUCGUUCUUGCUGCUAUAGUAUUUAUCUGGUGGCAUCGUCGGCGCAGAGCUCGAGCGAGGGCUUCCGAAGUGGUGCCGCCUGCCGUUGGUGAGCCGUAUACGGGAAAGCCAGAGCUUGAUACAGGUCAAGAGGUUGGCCCUAGUGCCCCUGCUGAGUUGCCGACGGUGCAGACUUAUGCACAGGCUGAGUUGCCUGCGAGGAAGAGCGCCGACACGCCUCAGGCGGAUAUGUCUUUGUAA